AUGUCUGGAUUGGUGGCUCGUACGGGUCGGCAUCAGCAGCGCUAUGAGGAUGGUUAUCGCCUUGUUGCCGGGUGUGUUCCAUUUAGGUAUAAAGAUGGAAAUGACUGUGGGGACUCUUGUUCUGAAAAGAUUGUUGAAGUGCUUAUGAUUAAUUCAUCUAGUGGACCAGGUCUUUUGUUUCCAAAGGGAGGUUGGGAGAAUGAUGAAACUGUUGAGGAGGCUGCUGUAAGAGAAGCUAUUGAAGAAGCAGGAGUUCGAGGAGACCUAAGGGACUUUCUUGGGUACUAUGAAUUUAGAAGUAAGACUCACCAAGAUGAGUUCAGUCCAAAAGGUUUAUGUAGAGCAGCAAUGUUUGCCUUAUUUGUUAAGGAGGAACUUGAGUCAUGGCCUGAGCAAAGCACUAGAAAUAGGAGUUGGCUGACUAUAUCAGAGGCACGUGGAAGCUGCCGGCAUGCUUGGAUGAGGGAUGCCCUGCGAUGCUUCUCUAAAUGGCACGAGGAUAAAUUGGACAGAGUUAUAGUUCAAAGCACAUUUGGUAGCGGGGAGGCUUUCCACUUCUAUGCACAAGCUCAGGCCCAGAAAAGCAUAGACUAA